UACAUUGUAUUGGUGCGUAUAUAUACACUAGGCUCGUGAGCAAUAUAGCAGCAGCCAUCUUAUAUUUUGUGUUGAAGAAAAACAUUUAUUUAAACAAAUGUCUCGCGUUAUUCCGUGAGUAGAAACGUCGAGGGAGGCGUGCGCUCGAUGAGGCGUAGCUUUUUUACCAUUAGCCCGGACCACUACAUUAGCAAAGGUGGAUUGGUACGCAGGAUAUGAGCAGUUUGUCAAGCGCAACCUGACUCUGCUCCCAGAACAGCAAGCAGCGAGCCAUCAUCUUCAGCCACUGCAACAGCUGGUGCAUCCCCAUCCCCAUCAUCAUCAUCAUCAUCAUCAUCACCGUGAUAUGACAUCUAUGUUCGAUCAACAAAUUAAAAGUGAACCUAUGGGAUUUUAUUCAGUUGCAUCAAGUCGUUCUGAUGGUUCUAAUUCUAUGGUAAAUCUUUCUGACGAUCGCGAGGAACUUUCACAACAAGACGGACAUAUUCAACAACAGGAUCAACAUUUACAACAACGUGACAAUCAUCUUCAACAAGAAGGGCAUAUGUCACAACCAGAGGGCCAUUUGCAAAAUAUGCAACCACAUCAACAACAUCACGAGCAUCACGAUCAUCACGAACAAGGACCAAGUGAAUCACCAGAUCGUCAAUCAACUGGCCAACAAACUGUUAAAGAAGGAACACGUUCAAAGCCACAGCCUUGUAAAGUUUGCGGUAAAGUUCUUUCAUCAGCGAGCUCAUACUACGUACACAUGAAAUUGCAUUCAGGAAAUAAACCGUACCAUUGUACGGUUUGUGAGGCGAGCUUCUGCAGGAAGCCAUAUCUUGAGGUUCAUAUGAGGACCCACACUGGCGAGAGACCAUUCCAAUGUGAAUUGUGUCUCAAACGAUUCACUCAGAAGAGCAGUUUAAAUACUCACAAGCGUGUACACACUGGAGAACGUCCUUACGCUUGUGAUAUUUGUCAAAAAAGAUUUGCCGUCAAGAGUUAUGUUACGGCACAUCGUUGGAGUCACGUUGCUGAGAAGCCUCUCGUUUGCGAAAGGUGUUCUAUGACCUUCACGUCAAAGAGUCAAUUCGCGAUUCACAUUCGCACCCACACGGCAAACACUUCAUUCGAGUGUAACAUCUGCGGUCGCACCUUUGUUCGCGACAGCUAUCUGAUAAGACAUCAAAAUCGAGUUCAUCGUGAAAUGAAUCAGGGCAAUAAUGCUAAUAAUCAUAAUCCACCAACACCGCAAAGUAGCGGUGGCACAAGUGGAACUGGUUUUGAAAGUCCUGUUUGUGAAUUACGCUAUACCGAUGGGCCAUCAUCAUUGGAAUCAUUGAGUACGAGUAAAGGCGGUGGUAUUGCCGCUGAAAUUGCAAAUUUAGCAAAGAACAGUCUACAACUUCCUCUUCCAUUGCUGCAUCCGCAGACAACUAACUAGUGUUUGGACGGCAGCGCGACGACAACACAGUCAUCUCUGCCGUUACUACAACAACAACAACAACAACAACAAGAACAACAACAAUCACCGCAGCAAGUAAUACAAUGUCCCACUACGGCGAGUACGUCAUUUACUACACUAAAUUCAUCAUCAUUAUCAUCAUCAUCAUCCCUAUCACACGAGCACCAUUUAACAUCACAGAGUGUCUACCAAACAACGGGAUCAUCAUCGGGUCCUAUAAACAGUUCCAAUUCAACACAAAUCUAUUCACAUUUAACGCCUCCAACUCUCGAUCCAGCGGAAUCGCAUCAUCAAUUACAUCGCGGAAUUCCACCACCUGGUCUACAUCCUGCAUUAUAUCUUUAUGCCCAGUACACAAAUACCGGUCCCGCUAUUUCUUAUCCCGAAUAUAUUCAACGAAAUAACUGAAAAGAAAUUCAUUGCUCGCAUUGGGCUUGUCAGUUUGUGAUUCCAAAUUCACAAUAUUACGGUUAAGUGUCUUUUUACGCGUACUUUUUUCGUGCUUGUUUUCUUUUUUCCAAAAAAAAAAAAAACACAUUUCGCGUACUUUCAAAAAAUUCAAUUUCUUUCCAUGACAAAAUCAAAUUUUUUUUCAUUGAAAUUGAAUUUUCUUCUCAUUAUUGGAAAAAAUUAAAAAUAUAACUUAAAAAGUAUUAAAUUAAAAAAAAAAAUUUUUUCAUUAAAGUAUUGAGAAAAAUAUUAAAUUAACUUAAAAACUGUAAACUAUUACAUUAUUGAAAAAAAAAAAAUAUUAAAUUUACAUUUUUCCCUCCUCUUUUUACAAAAAUUGAAAAUUACAAAUUAAUUAUUGUUGCAAAUUUUUGACAAAAUUUUCUAUAUUUAUUGUAAAUUAAUUUCCCCGGGCGAAAUACUUUCAAAUAAACAAAUUUUUCUCGAAAUUAAAAUAAAAGAAAAACAAAAAAAAUGUUCAAAGUUAUAAAUUUAACAAUUAUAGAAAAAGAAUUUUAAAAAAUAAUUCACAAAAAAAAUUAUUUUUUUUUUUUUUAUUCGUCCAUUCGUAAAUAUGAUUUAAAAAAGAAUUUUUUUAAAUUCAAACAAAAUUACGAAAAAAACAUUUCCAAAUUUUUUUAAAAAACUGGAAUAAAUUUUAUAAAUUUAUAAUACAAAAAAUGUAAAAAAUUUAUAAACUUUAAAAAUUUCACUAAAAUUGUUAAAUUUUACACAGUGAACAAAAAAAAAAAUGAAAAACUUAAAUAAAAUUAAAAUAAUUUGAAUUUAAAUUAAUUUACAAUUUCUUAUAUUUCAAUUUCCAUCAAAAAUUAAUUUAUGAUUCCGAGUAAUUAGAACGUGAAAAAAUUAUUCUGAGGAAAAAAUCGCGAAGAAAGAGACUAAAAAGUAAAAUUGCCUGAUUUUUGAAUCAUCAAAUUUACCAAUGUCGCAGCAAGAGAUCAAUUCUCGGAUGUCUCUAUAAUACACGUUUCAAAUAUUGUAUCUGCACUUUUCUUUUGUAUCUUUUUUUUUUUUUUUUUGUUUUUUUUUAACUACGUCUGCGAGUAUAUGCGAACAUCACAAAUACACACACAUACACAUACACAUAUUUAUAUUAUAUUUUUAAAGGAGUUUAGUCACUUGGAUCUGUGAUAUAGAUAGUAAUUAUUGUCUACAAGGUUUAAAAAAAAACAUUGGUUUUGCUGUUUCGAUACAACAAAAACUAAAAAUGAAGGGGAAAAAAGAGAAAGAAUGAAGAAGAAGAAGAAGAAGAAAAAAGUGAAAAGAAAGGAAGCAAAUGUCAUCAAGCGAUAUUUAAAAAUCUUUGGCCUCUACCAAAGGUGUUUGGUAGACACCCUAUAGUUAAUCACGAAAUAAUUCGUGAAACUAUAGUUUCUUUGAUACUAUUCGCCAUCACUAGAAUUUUCACUUUUAAUCGAAUAUAUUAUCAAACAUCUCACGUUUAUAUUUCAAAUGUCGAUAACAGUACUAAUCGCUUAUUCUUUUUUUUCUUUCAUAUCCGAAUCAGAAUUUGAUUUUUGACAAUAUUGUCGAUUAUUAAUUUUAAUUAUUUUAUAAUAAUCCAUAAUUUUUAUAUAUAAUUAUUAAUUAUGCUAAUAGACAUUUAUUAAUUAUGCUAAUAAAUAUUUGUUAAUUAUGUUCAUAAAUAUUUAUUAAUUACAUAAAUAAUAAAAUUAUAAUUGCAUAAUUAAUAAAAAAUAUUAAAAUAAUUUAUUGAAUGCACAAAUAGAGGGGAAAAAAAAAUCAUUUUUAAUUAAAAGAAUAGAAAAUAAUUCUCGACAUUAUUCCAUUAAAUUUUUCUGAUUCGCGACAUACAGAUUUUGUAUCGAGAUCAUCAUCAUGGUUUCUCUUUGACUCGAAAAGCUUUCAUAAUUUUUAUUUCUGAAGUGAUUCUCUAAUCGUUUGUUUAUUUAGAAAAAUUGUUAUAACUAUUUUUCUUCUUUUUGGAUAAAAAUAAUUUUUUCGAAAGGACUUUUUUUUACUUCAAUUAUUUUAACUAUUUCUUCAAAAGAAAUAUUUUCUAGUCUUCAAAAAGGUUUUUUUUUCCUUUUAAAGAAUUAUUUUUUUUUUUUUUUUUUAAUUUUCUCACCUAACGUUUAGAGAUUCACAUUAGAUUAUAUAUGAUUAAUUUUUUCUUGGAGCGAGAGACAAUAUUGAUAUAUGAUAAAAGAAAAAGAAUAAAAGAAGAAACAAAACAAAUUUCCAACUGUAGAUUUAAAACAAACAAAACUAGAGAUUUUUGAAGCCAUUAGUUCCAUAGGUGUACUUAUGUUUGACAUAUCGAAGUAUACUUUAUACGACGUUGUAAAUACAAAUUACGAAUCAAGAAAAACUUAGAUAAUGUUUGAUAAUAAUAAAAAAAAAAUCAUACAUUCAUCUAACGGUCCAAGAACAUUAUUUAGAGAAGAAAAAAGGUAGCGAAAAAAAAUAAUGUUAAAUGUAAAACCACUUAUUAAGCUACUAAUUUGAAAAUGUUGCUAUAAAAAAAAAAACACACAAAUUUCCCAAACAAAAGUGCGGGGGGAACCAUGACAAUCGUGCGACGAUUAUUUCAAUACAUGUUCCCACAUCAACGAAAUUUCAAAAAAUCGCAAAAUGAAAUUUAAAUUUCAAAAAAUUGCGAUUUAUAAUUAAAAAAAAAAAAAAACGCGUGACAAAAUACGAGGCCCGAAUAAAUAUUUGUGUUUUAUUCUGCAAAAAAAAAGAACAUUUGUUUCACAAGUGACUUGAAUAACGGCAGAAAAAAGAAGAAAAAAAAAGAGUCAAUCGUGAUUUCGCAAUUCAGCGAUAAACAAUUUUCAAUUCAUUUCUUUUUUUUUUUUAGAUCCGUCUUCGCUAAUUUUUUUUUUUUAAUUUAUAUGGUUUUAUUUUUUUCAAUGCGCACUUAUGCCUGAGGCUUUUAAUUCCACGAGAAGACUGAUUAUUAUAGGGAGAAUUUUUUUUUUUUUUUAACUGAUGACAAAUGAUAAUUCGAGAUUUUGUGUGUGCGUGUGUGUGUUUUUUUUAAACUAAAAAAGAAAGUCUUUCGUGGAAUGCUCGAAAAAUUAGUGGUGGAAGAAACAAUUUUUUUUUUCUUCUAAUUUAAUGUCUUCCACAAGGUUUACCAAAAAAAAAAAAAAAAAAAAAAAAAAAAAAUGUUUAUACGAUUUUUGACGAUAGAAAAUAUUUUGAAAAAGAAAUUUUAUAAUAGUAAAAAGAAUGGUAAAAAUCAUAUUGAUUUUCUUUUAAAAAUAUGAAUUUGUACUAAAGUGAUUUUUAGCACAAAAAAAAUUGAUUACACAUAAAAGUUGAUUAUUAAAUAUUGAAAUUAAAAAUUCAUUAGAAAAAAAAUAGAAAAAAUAAAAAUAUAUAAAAUACAAAAUUUUAAUUAGUUUAAAAUUAGAAGAAAAAAAAAAUUAUUUGACCACACUAAUUGAUGAUUAAAGAUGAAAAUAAUGAUCUUUUGGCUAGUCAUUGUGCAGCUAUAAGAAGAUAUUGUACUACUGAGCUGUGAUUAAAGCCUCUAAGCAUAUGUUAGCGCAGAAACUAAUUUUUUUUUAAUUUUUAGUGAUACACUAGCUUACGCCCAUGAUAAUAAUAGUUAGACUAGAAUUACUGAAAUUAUUCGUUAAAACGAAUCUACAGGCGAUAGUUCUUUUUUUUCGUAAGAUUUUGAAUUUCAUUUCAAUUUUUUUUUUUUUUUUUUUUUUUUUUAUUAUUAUUAUUUGAAAUGAUCUUUAAACUUCCGAUCUUUGCUCCUUAUUCCAGUAUUUUCAAACGCUUUGUUUUCUUUCUUCUAUAUAAUAAACAAUCACUCUCAAGGGAACUUUCUUUUUUUUUUUUUUUUGGCACGUAGAUCAAAAUAAUAUUUUUUCAUAGAGAGAAAAAAAAGAGAGAGAGAGAGAGAGAGAGAGAGAAAGCCAAAAAAAAAAAAAUUUUAUAGAGCGUACUGGACAAAAAAAAAAAAGUAAAAAAAAAACUGCCUUUGGAUUUUUCUAAAAAAUCCUCCGGCUGGUUGAGAUUAGAUUUUUCGUGCACAAUAAGUGUCACGUGCUGUGUAUAUGUUUUUUUUUUUUUUUUGCCGUAAAAAAGCUUUUCGUUGAGUAGUUAUUUACUAUUAUAAAUAUAAUAAUUUAUUUUCAUGGUUGAUUUGUGUGUGUUGAAAAUUGUCAUUUAAUGACUUUUAUUCUCUCAAUCAAUCGUUUAAUUUUUCGGAAUUUAUAAUUAAAUGAAAAAAAAAUUUUUUUUUUCAUAUGAAAAAUGAAUUAUUAUUUAUAAUAAAUAAUUGUCAUCGUAUAUAAUAAGAGACGCGCAAGAAAAGUGACGAUCGAAACGAGAGAAAAAAAAUAAAAACUUUUCAGCCUUGAAAUAAGCCAAGCUUGUAAAUAAUCUAAAUAAUAAUUCAUAAUGGAAAAAAAAACUAAUUGAGUAAAGGGUCUACGUAGGAUUAAAAAUACACUUAGCCAUUGAUCGAGAUAUGUAAUAUUAUAAUAAUAAUAAUAAAAUAAUAAUAAUAAUAAUAAUAAUAAUAAUAAUGUAAAACGCCCGAUGUAAAAUAGAAUUUAAGGCACUAAAGUAAUACCAAGGCGCAACAGCUAUUUUCUAAUCGAAAAAUAAAUAAACAAAUAUAUUAAAAAAAAAAAAAAGUAAAAAAAAACACGUAAGUUAGUGCGAUAGAAAAUUAGGGAAAAAAAACAGAAGUAAAAUACUGAUUAGCAGUAAUACCUCAUCAAACACAUGCGACAAGAAAUAAAAAAAUAUAAAAUCAUAUUUGAUACUACAUGACACUCAGAAAAAUCGGUAAAUAUCGUCCAUUGCGUCGUAUUUUGCCUUUCGUUCAGUUUCAAAUCCCCCACCCCCAAAAAAAAGAGUGGGUGAAAAAAAAAAUUGUAAAAGAAGGAAAUCGCUAGUCUCAUCCCCAUUCAAAACAAAAAAUGUGAUAGCUACAGUUCUGGUUUCAAAAAUCUAGAACACAAUUUUCUUUUCAAAAAGCUCUGCAAAUAUAUAUUUAUUUUUAAGUUAGAUCUCAAACAUUUUAGAAAAUAGUUUGUAUUAAAAAAAAAAAAAAUUAUUUACAAAUGUUCUAAACAUUUGUACAGUGAUAGUAACACUUAAAAUAUCAUUUUAUUUAUUUGAAUUUUUAUUUUACAAUUAAGUUUUAAAUUUUGUCUUUUUAUAAAAAUUAUAUAUAUAUAUAUAUAUUUAUAUAUGUAAAAUUUAAUUAAAAUGAUCUCGAGAAAAAUUUUCACUUGUUUUUGCUUUAAAAAAAAAAAAAAAAUUUAUAUGUAAAAUUUUAUCUAACAAAAAAAAAAAUUAUCUAUUCUGUGAUAAAAGAAAGAGAAAAUUAAAAAUUUUGGUCUCUUAACUAAAGAUUGUUAAUUUAAGUAAAGAAAAAAAAAAAGUAAUUAAGAAAAUUUUUUUUUAUUAGUAGAGUGCCAUUUUUAUUCGAAACCAGUACUGAACUAAAUGUUUUAAACGGGGAUUUUCUCUUCCAUUCAAUAUUUAAUUAAUGAGUGAUCAAAGAAAAUAAACACACUGAACGGUAAAACAUCGAAGCACAAAGUAAUGUUUUAUCCUUCUUUAUAUAUAUAUAUAUAUAUAUAUAAAUAUAUAUAAAAAAAGUAAUAAAUAUGUAGCUUAUACGAGUGCAAAAUAAUAAAAAAAAAAAUAAUAAUAAUAAACUGAAAAAAAUGAGGCGCGAAGAAAAUGCUUUUUUUUUGGAGCUGAGUGUGCUAUAUUCGUUAAUGAUUUAUCUGUGAUGAUUAUAAUGAUCAGAUUUGCCAUCGACGAAAUUUAUUGCACUGAAUUCAAUGUGAAUAUAUAUAUAUAUAUAUUUGUGAAAAAAAACAUUUCCUGUGACAAGUUUCGUUUAAAUGACAAUUGAUAUUUCAAUUUUAACAGUAAUAAUCAAUAAAUAAAAUUAUUUAUAUAAUAAAUAAGAAUAUAAUAAAAAAAAAGAAAUACCAAAAAAAUAAAUUAAUAAAGAAAUUAAUUUCAAUUUUUCAAGCUCUUAAUUAUGAAGAUAACUUUUUCUUUUAUUUCUUUAUUCUUUUAAUUAAUUUUACUUUUUGACAAGAAAAUCGAAAAUUUCUUUUUUCAAAUUAACGUUAUUAUAAGAACUAAAGAAAAAAAAAAUUUAUUUUCUAAAAUCGAAAAUAUCUCUUUUUCAUUUAAAUGAAACUUGAAAGAAAAAAUAUUCGUAUCUGAAUCAGCUUUGAAAAAUUUUUCUUUUUAUUUUUUUUUUUAACGUCAAAUAUUAUUGAGUUGUGUAUUUUUUAUAUUUUUGACGUUGAAUACUCAAGAUCGACUCUCGAUUUUCUUUGAAGAAAACAAAAAAAAAAAAAAACAAUAUCUUUGUGAAAAUCGGGGACACUAUUUUUUUACUGAUGAAAAAGUUGUGAUAGUUUGUUAUUUUUAGUGAGAUGAAAAUUAUUAAUUAUAGUGUGUUUGUAUCAUCGAUACACUGUUUAUCAAUUUUUAAUUAUUAAUGGAUUAUUUGCAAUGAAAAAAAAAAUAAUAAUAAUAAUAAUAAACAGAUAAUAAUAUGUAUUUUUCAAGAGUCCGUUAAUCAAUAUUAUAUGUAAUACAUAAUAUUAUUUUGUAAAGUGUGCGCUUUGAAUGAGUUUUCUAAUCUGCAUAUGACAUCAAAAUGUGAAUGACUUUCGAAUUCGAGGAUAUUCAAUUUUUAAAAUAACAUUUUCUGAAUAAAUUUAAGUUUAAAUAAUUAGUUAUAGACAAUAUUGUUCUAUAAUAAUUUCAAAAUAUUUGAAUUUAAGUGUUUAAAUGUAAUAUGUAAUGUAAUUAAAAAUGCAAUAAUUUUAAAUUGUAAUAAAUUAAAAUGUAAUUAAUUAAAAUGUUAUACUAAUUAAAUAUUGUAAGUCAUUAAAUUGUAAGUAAUUUAUACUUUAAAAAGAAAAAUGAAGUAAAAUAUAAUCAAUGUGCAAUUAGAUUGAAAUUUAUUAUUUAAUAUUAUAUAUAAGCUAAAUCUAAUUUGUAAUUUAUAAAAUUCAAAUUAAAUUUGAAAAACAAAAUUUAAGAUUAUUAUUAAAUAAUAAAUUAGAAAUACUUUUUUUUCAAUUUAAACGCUAAAUUCAAUAUAAUGUAUAUAAAUGCUUUCAAAUCUCGAAAUCUAACUCGAAAGUUAUCUACAAAUUUGGAUGCAUUUAAGAUAAGAAAUAAAAAAAAAAUGUUUAAAUUAAAAAUUUUUAAUUAAAAUAUUUUUUUUAAUUUCUAUUUUAUUCUUAUAUAUUUUUAAAUGAAAAAAAUUUUUUCAUGAUUGUAUACGAAAUCCUCGAUUUCUGAAACUCGAGAGUCGGAUAAGUAUAUAAGAAGCGAGAAUUGUAGCAAUAACUUUUUGAUAAUUUACAUCUUUAUCAGAGGUAUCAUAAUUAUGAUAAACGACAAAGAAUGUGAAAGUGUAUAACAGGGGAAGUGCAAAAAGAAUGGUUCCAAAAAGAAAAGAAAAAAAAAACAUUGAGAAGGGAAUUUUUUUUUUUAUAGAGGUAGAAACAAUUUUUAGAAGAAAAAAAUUAUUUUAAUUUUUUUUUUUACUUAAUUAUUUGCUAUCGCACUUAUUUCCAGAAAUAAAGAAAGGAAACCAAAAUCGAGAAAAGAGAGUGAGAGAGUGAGAGAGAGUGCUUAAUAAAAAAUAGCGAUUAGACUCAAGAAUGAUUGUAAAUUAAAGAAAGAUUCUCUUUCAAAUUGUAAUUCAUUUUCGCAAAAAAAAUGUAUUUUUGAAGAGUUUAAAAAGUUUCUUUUUUUAUAUAUAAAAUUUGAAGGCGAAAUUAAUCAAAUUUUCAAAUUAGUAUUUAAUAACAAUAUUCUUUAAUUAUUUAUAUUAAAUAAUUAAUGAAUUAUUUUAAAUAAUGAAAAUUAAAAAUUUAGAAAAAAGAGAUUAUUCACUUUAUUUGACGAAAAGAAAAAAACAAAAUUGAAGGAAUAAAAUUUUAUAAAUAAGAAAAAAUGGGAAAAUGAUAAAAAAAAAAAAAAAAAUUUGAAGGAAAUCUUUCAUUGAAUGGAAAAAGUGUAAAACGCCCAGUGUUUAGAAAGAUAAUUUAGUAAGCUUGACAGACUUUUAGAAUGCCAUAUAAAUACGAAUCGUUCGAUAAGCACACGAUGGAAUGAUUGAAAAAAUGAAAAUAAAGAAAAAUGGAAGUGUUAAUCGUAUACGAUUCGAAGCACGUAUAUAUAUAAAUAUAAUAUAGUACAUUGAUUUUUCACGCGAUGUUAUUGUACAUUUAGCAAUGAGAGUUUUCGAGAGUAAAAAAAAAAGCGAGUAAAUUAAUGUCAAUGACAGAUUGAAUAAAAAAUAAAAUAAUAAAUAAUGAAAGGCAUAAAUUGUAAUAACAAAACAAAAGAAUUAUUUAAUGAAAAAAACAAAAAACUACCUAAAUGAUAUUUCCUCAUUAAAAUAUGAAGAAGAAAAAAUAAAGAAAUGCUCGCGUCGCUCGACAUUGCGCCUGUACCAUUUUGCUUCUUUAGCAGAGUACAAUGCCAUUUAUUUUUGUAAUACGUUUACGUAGAAUAGUUCUUAUUUUUUAUAGAGGUUUUACUGUGCUACCCGUAAGUCUUAGAGGCCUGCGUAAAAAAAAAUGAAUAAAUAAAUAAGUUUAGAGGAUUUUGUAGAAAAAUGGGGUGGAGGGCUGGAAGAUUUCGAUUAAACCGUGUUCGACGCUCACCAACAAAAAUGACCAGAUACGUGCUUAAAAAACAAUUUUUACUCCAAAUUAUAUAAGGACGCAAAAAAAAACUGUAAUUCAUAAUUUAGAAUUUAGGUAAAAUAUAGAAGAAACAAAACAAACGAGUGUCGAAACGGGAAAGUCUGAUAAACAUUUUGCUAAUUACAAAACGAUCCUUAUUUUUUUUUAAAAAAAAAAAGAAAAAAUUUAAUUAUUCGACGCUAAUAUCUUCAAUUUAUUCAACAAAUUCAUAAUUAAUUUUUUUGUUUUGUUUUUGACAAAGAAAUUUUUAAUUGUAAUAAAAAAAAAAGAAUUGUGAAAUUUGCCUUUGAAUAUCAGGAAAAUAAAAUUGAAAAUGUAAAAAAAUCUUUAAUUAUAGAAAAUUGUAAGAAAAAAAAUUAAAAUUAAAAAAAUAAUUUGUAAUUGAGAGAAUUUAAAAAAAAAAUGAGAAUUCAUUAAAAUUCAAUUAUAUCUUUUGCUAAUUCAAAUUUUUACAAAAUAUUAAAAAUAUGAAUAAAUAGAAUUUUAAAAAAAUUAAGAAAUACUAAAAAUUAAAGGAAAAUUAAAUUUAAAAAUAGAAAUAAUAAAAAAAAAUAAGGAUCUUAGAAAAAGUGGAUUGAGCCAAAUAAAAUUAAAGAAAAGACACCAUAGUACCCUAUUAAUAAAAAGUAUCUAAUUAAGGGAUAAGUUACCGAAGUAGAUAGAAAGAUCAUGCGAUCUUAUUCCGAGUGCAAAGAAAAAAAAAAAUUAUAACACAGGCUCAUUGUCAGGAAGACACUUCACGAGAGCAGAUUUUAAUAUAUAUAUAUAUAUAUAUAAAAAAGAAGAAACAAUUGAAGAAAAAAAUAAAAUGAAGAAAUUUCGAAAAAAGGCUCCAAACGCUUGUCACGAAUAUAAUUUUCAGAUAUCGACAUAUCCUGGUUAAAACACCUCCUCUUUACGUACAUACUGCAUAUAUAUAUAUAAUACCUAGUUAUUAUACAUAAAUAAUAUAAAUAUGAAUAUAAAUAUAUAAAUAAUAUAAAUAAAUAAAUAUAUAUAUGUGUAUACAUAUAUAUAUGUUAUAAAUAGGCUAUUUUAUGUGUAAAACGAUAUUUAAAUUAUCAAUAAUAAUAUACAAAAACCAUAGAGGUAAUAAUAAUAAUAAUAAUAACGAUGGUACAACUAAUAAGGCAAGUAUGUACUGUACAUAGCUGUCACUGAUUCCCCCCUCCCCCUCUGCCCGAACCCUCAUACGAAAUUAUACAUACAAAAAAUUAUAAAUAUAUUAUACAUACAACCAAACUAGUUUUUAAGAAAAAAAAAAGAAAAAAAAAACAUUAACCAUUGUUGUACUAAUUAAAUUAUUCUAUCAAUUUAUGAUUAUUAAUAUUAUGAAUUAUUAUUAUUACGAUUAUUCGAGAAAUUUUUUUUUUUUUUUUUUUGUUUAAUUUAGAAUAUUAACUUUCUAUCAUAUUAGCGGAAGUAGAUCCUCACUUUUAGCACUUUUAUCGAAGAGAGAAAGUAAGAAAUAAAUAGAGAAAAGAAGUGUGUGAAUUAUUAUUUUUCAAAAAAUUGGAUUCUACCUCAAUUUUACGAUAAAAAAAAAGAAAAAAGAAAAAAAAUGUAUUCUUUUUGUACUAUAAAAAGAAAAUCACGCGACAUUUAAUUUGUCUUGUGAGAAAAAAAAUUUUUUCAAAUGAAAAUUUCAAAGAAAAAUUGAAAUAGCGAUUUAUUAGCCUCCAGCGACCUCAUUCUGUGAUAAACUAUAAAGAAUAUUAUUUUAAUUAAAAUUCAUUGUGUUUAAGAAAAAUGCGACUUUCUGUGGGUUUUUCUUUUUUUCUUUUUUUUAAUAUCAAUAAUUCAAAGUAUCAAUUUUUUUUUUCUAUAUUAAGUAUUUCGAGAUGCAAAAAAGAAACUCGAAAUAAAAUGAAAUUUUUCGAGAAAAAAAAAAAUGCAAUUCUAGAAUUUUUUUUGACAAAACAGUAUUUUUGUCAAAAAAUAAUUUUUUUUUCUAAAUUAGUGAAAAAAAUUAACGAAAUCAUGAACUUUUUUUUUAGAGUAAUUUGAUAUUUUUCCCCUAAAAUUUCAUGGAAAUUGUCGCUCUAUCAGUAAGAGAAAGAUUCAAAUUGAGGAAGGGAGGCAAAGAUAAAGUUAAUGAUAAUUUCAGUAUAAUAUUAUUAUAUUAUAAUUGUGAUGUUAGGUUUUAAGCUGCGCACCUAAGUCAAUGAGGUAAACUGAGGUCGCUGUAGACUUAAAUUUAAAAGACGCUAGCGUGAAGGAUCACUUUCACAUUUUUUUUUUUUUUUUUUUUUUUGAUCAA